AUGGGUUGCGGUGUGUCAAACAAUGUCGUUAACAACGAUGCACAACCUGUUUCUAACGCUCCCGUUCCAUCAACAUCAAGAUCAUCUCAACGACAGAAACAAGAACAACAACAGCAGAAAGAUGUAACAGAACAGCCUGUUGUUGCACCACAAACGUCAACAACAGCUGAAAUGUCGAACACAAUGAACGUUCUCAUUACUUGCCAUGGUGAUCAACAAAGUCUUGCUGAGAAAAUACGCUCGACGUUCAGUAAAGAAAAUGUUGCUUGUUAUAUUCUCAAUGAGUCAACGCCGUGCUCUAUUGCAGCACGAGCGAAUCUCGUGCAAUGGUGCAAUGCAUUCCUCGUUAUUAUCAGUCGUUCAUACCAACAGACAAUGUCUUGCAUGGAAGCGAUCAACUACGCUAAAGAUCUACGCAAAGCAAUUGUCGCUGUUUACGUCGAAUCAAAUUUUCAACCAUAUGGCGCGUUGGGUGCUAUAUCAGCCAGCGCCGUGCUCUCGUUAAAAGUGGCAAAUAAUCAGCUACCAGAAAAUAUGACUUCACAAACUGUCACUGCUGUUUUGGCUUUUAAAACAAGGAAAUCCGGUAAUAAAAAUUCUGUGGACCCAGCACAGAUGAACAAUGAGAGUGCUCAUAUAGAUCUUGUCCAUGGCGAUCAGUCAUGUACGGUAUUAGUUUGCACGGCCAAUGAUGGAGUGAAUGUUGCGCAAUUAGUAUAUCAGGAUUUUCGCACAAACAAUGUCGACGUUGCGUUAGAAAAUCUUGCGCAAGCAAAUGCAUCUUGCAGCGUUCGACAAUGCGCCGUCUUCGUUCCGGUUCUUACUCCUGAGUUUGAAAAGCUACCGAUCUGUCGCGCAGCAUUUGAGGAAGCUCGUCACCUUGGAAAAGGUAUUGUACCUAUAUUAGCUAUUAAGGAUUGGAAACCUGACGGAUGGAUUGGUUUAAUUAUUGGCGGAACAACAUUUUUUCGAGUAUUUAAUAAAGAUCAGGCGUACAAACAAUUCUACGAUAGCAAUCGAAUGAAAGAUCUAAAUUUUGAAGUGCAAGUUGCUUGCCAACCGCGGCCUAGUCAAGCCGAAAGAGAACAGAAAGAACUGAUAGUUUUAACAGAAAAAAUUCAGGAAUGUAAAAAUAACCUACGAACAUGGCCACCACCGCGUAAAGAACGUUCAGAUGAUCCAGUUGUCGAUCGACAACCCGUUCGUGUCGCAAUACCUGAGCCGAGUGCUAAACUUGCAUUCAAUCAUAUCCAUCAUGAAAUUACACGUUGCGAUAUCAAAGCACCACCUGUCCUACUGGACGACUACGGUUUACCUAAGCGAACAGAGCUCGAUUGUAUGAUUAGUUAUCAAUGGGAUCAUCAAAAUUUUGUUAGGAAAGUAUACGAAGAUAUGUCAAUGCGAGAGGUUAAGACAUGGUUCGAUAUAUGGGGAGGUAUGCAUGGCAACACAAACGAUGCGAUGGCAACUGGUGUGGAAUGUGCGAAAGUAUUGCUUGUCUUUCUGUCUAAAGCGUACGUUCAAUCGCCCAAUUGUCUGUUGGAGUUCCGCUAUGCUGUCAAGCGUGGUAAAGCUUUCGUAAUUAUCAGAGUUGAACCAAACAUUCCAGCAGAACAAUGGAUGCUCGAAGCAAUGGAAGGAUUUCCUCAGUAUGACAUCUACUCCUAUGAUCAUCUGGAGGCAUUAAUAAACAAUGUACCAACAAUUGACGUCAUUAUGCAAGCGGUACGCACGCUUGCUCAAGCACAGCCGUUAGAUGUUAUAAAUGAUUGUUCAGCUGAACUAUUUGAGCUGCGUUCACUUCUUGACGACGCCCGUGAUGCAAUCUAUGCCGAGGCAGGACAAAGUCGUUAUAAGACAUGUACACGAUGCAAUCAACAGUUUGAUGAAUUUACGAAAGGUGGGUGUAAAACACAUCGUGCAUAUUAUAUGGGUGGAACGAUUCUGGAAGGUCGAUGGGUAUGCUGUCGGCAACAAGCUAAAGAUUCACCAGGUUGUGAAGAAUGUGAUCAUACAGACGCAGUUCGUACUUUUACACAAGAUCCUAGUUAUGGUACGUGGACAUGGCAACCUAACUAA